CGAAGACCAUGGCCGUGUGUUCUCCGUUCAUCCCUCACCACUCGUAGGUUGUACCGGCAAAGACGCAGACGCUGGCGCUGUGUUCAUCUUCUCGUCGCUCUCUAGUCUGCUGCUUGUGAUUCGCACCGGGCGCGUCCUGCCAUAAACAGACCCUCUCGACACUCCUUCACUGCGUCUGCGGUCGCUUCCACAGCGGGAAUAGGUACAAUAGAAGACUACAGCAACAAAGCGUCCGUGUUGUUGCUGUGCUCCUUCAUAUACCGCGCCACAACCCUGCAUUCACUCUUUUAACUCACACACUCGUGGUGAGCAGCCGGCCUGUUACCACAAGCACACUCGCUCCGUCGCCACUUGGAUUCUCCGUCGCAGCUUGCUGGACGCGAUACAUGUCCCUGUAGCAGCUCGCGUCACUCCUUAGCACAGCUGGACUGCAGGCGACACGACCGUUGAGCGGCCAUCUAUAUACCUACUAAUACCUAACGACUGCACCAGCCAUGGGGUGCUGUGGAGAUCGCGAGAAGGGCGUCAUCGUAGCCGAGGAGCAGAAGUGGGACUACAUCAACCUCUCCGACUUUCGCUCGACGUCGUGUCUAACGCCGCUGUCCUACGUCUGGCUGUGGAUCCUCGUCCUGGUGUCCUGCGCCGUCUACGCCGCCGAUGCCUUUACUGCCGUCAACCUCCUGGCCUACAACAAAUGGUCGAGUCAGGUGCAGCCCAAGGUCUCGUUCGAGGUGGCCAAGUGGAUCUUCGCCAUCACCAUCAUCAUUUCCUAUGUUUUCCUCAUCUACCGUGGCUUCAGAACGCUGCGCGUCAUGCGCUCGGGCAGUGUGACAGAGUGCUAUCUGGAGCCCAUUGCUGCCAUCUGGCAGAGCAUGCGUGUAACCAAUCGGGGCCAGGGUUGGAGACGUUUUCUCGUCUUUGCCGAGCUGACCAAGAGUAAGAAGGGUGUCAACUACAUCGCCCUGUUUGUCUACUUUCAGUUCAAGAGCGCCCUCAUCGUCGUCGUCGCGCAAGGUCCUCGCAUUGCGAUCAAUGCCAUGACCCUGUACGCCGUUAUGAAGGCUGAGCUCCUUCCUGUUGGCCACCACGCGUCUGAAGAGCAUUCCAACUUUGAGCAGUUCUUCCUCAACAUUGGCGUUUUAAUCGACACGGGCAACAGACAGGAGACCAUAAUCUACUUCACCAUGUUGUUUUCCCUCGUCAUCUGGGUCUUCGCCGCUCUCGGUCUCCUCAUUUCCGUUCUGCUCUACAUGUUCUUCCUCUGGCACUAUAUUCCUCGCUCGGAUGGGAGUUUGACCCAGUACUGUCGUCGCAAGCUCGAGACUCGUCUGGGGCGUAUUGUGGGUAAGAAGAUGAAGAAGGCAAUCGAGAAAGAGAACCAACUGCGGAAGGAAGCAGAGCGCAGGGCCAAGAAGAAGGGAGACUUGGGCUCCACUCGCACAGUACCUACCCUGCCCAAGCUCGACGGAGAGGACGAUAUAUCGUCUGUCUACACCACUUUCCAGCAAUCGAACACCACCCUCCCAUUGUACUCGUCGAACCCCCCAUCGCGAACGAAUACCAUGAAUACCACGAGUACGGCCCGCACCCUGGCCAUGCAGCCUUCCUUGCCCUCGCUGAGUGAGAGACCCGAUCUGCCGACGCGACACGACACGCAGUUUUCAAACUUCUCGAGCAGGAGUUAUAGCUCGAAUGCGCCGCUUAUCAACGAAGCAAGCGGUAUGGGCACAUCAACGCCCGCGCCUCCCAUGCCUACACUAACACGAGAGGGCGACUACUUCGGCGAACCACCUGCUCAGCCAUUCUCAGUCAUGGCCCAAGGCCGAGCUUCUCCGCGACCACCACGCGGACCACCUCUCGACACGAGCUAUACCUACGAUCAUUACUCGACAGACCAACAGCUGAUCACGCCUCCAUACCACGACCCACAAUCAGCGCAGUCAACCCAGCCAUAUCAAGAGUACUCUCCGUUCAACAGCCGUGCACCACCGCCGUUGAACCAGGCCUACAAGCCUUCCCCCGUUGAUGCAUCACCAUACUACUCACACUCCAAUACUCCUGUUGACUACGCGCCUCCCCAGCUCCCGAGCACCCUGCGCACCGGCACUCCCGUCACGUCUCAACCAAGAGGUAUGCCUCCACCACGGUCAGGCACCGCACCGCCGCGUCAGGGUCUGCCUUCCAGCCUGCAGUCCGCCACCCAGCGCCGCGAUGCCCCGCAACCCUUUCCAAACCGCGGAAUGAGCGCCUCGGCGCCCGCACAACAGCGCAGUGCGACAGCACCAGGAUGGGCGCCCCAGCCCGCGCAGAAGAGUUACACGCCUUCCAGCCAGCGAAACUAUCACAAUGGGUAUGACUACUAGGCAAUCAGCCCCUUGUGUCAUUCCACAUGACCACUUUACAUUCUUGUGCAUUCGACGUCAUGUCAGGCCUUGGCUUGGAACUGGCGUUUCAAACCCCCUUUCGCUUCUCCUUCUGUUGGACACAGAAACCCCUCGUUUCUUUUGCUUGUUCUGGCUCCAUGCGUUUCAUAAACGGUGGUCAGGCGGCUUGCCGGCAUUGCAGUCUUUUUCUUUGCUUCUUUUUCUUGGUAGUGCAGUUUCGAGAUACCCUGGCGCUCGCUCACCGCUGGCUGGUUUCGGACGUCCAUUCGCUUCUUCUUCUUUUUGGCUUUUGGUGGGGGGGAUUGUGGGGUGGAUUUAUGGGGUGGUGUGGUGGUGUGAUGUGAUAUCAGAGAAUUGGGGAUGUACGUGUAUAUGUAUGUAUAUAGUGUGUGUUUGGAG